AUGCGCACAAAAUCUGCCAGGGGCAAGAAACUGGUUGUCGUGGCUGUGAUAUACACGCAUUCGCUAGGUUUUCUGAUCGAUUUUUCCCACGUAGACCUGUAUUCGUUUCGUAUCAAGCCAACCGAGUUUCUUUCACCGUUGAGUCUCCAGAUGACAGACGACGACCAACGUAUUCGCCUGGUGCUUCAGGAAGCGGUAAAUAAGUACUACGGAAAAAACCUGACGUUGAUCAGUGCCGACGGAGUCGCCGUAGCCGGGGGUAAAGGAUUUUUGAGCUCUAUCGUUCGCUUCAACUUGGUAUGGAGCGUCAACGGUACCGGGCUGACGGACGACGACAUCCCGAAAACCCUGAUAUUCAAAGUCCCGUACUUGAAACUGGCCGACGUGAUCUUGUCGAAGGCUUCCGGUGAGCAAACCGAAGUAAGAAAAGUGUGCGACGCAAACGAAGACUGGAUCACCAAAAUUCACAAUACCGAGUGCCUGAUUUAUUCACUGUUCGGCAAAACGCCCCCUGUUCCGGUGGCAAUAUGUUACAUGAGUGAGUUGCGGACCGAUCAUCAGGCUGGCAUGCUGGUCCUUCAAAACCUGCAGGAAAUCGGUCAUGCUUGGGAAGACGUUUCUCAGGGCCUGAACCUGAAGCAGCUGCAUUCGAUGAUCGAUCUGCUUUGCCGUCUGCACACUUGGUCUCUGGAGACCGACUCCUGGUCAGCAAACGUGCCUUCGUACAAGGAAUAUUUACGGUGGAUGACUACGAUGCCGCCCGACACGAUCAGCGAGCUUAUGAAAAAAUUAAGCGUCACUCUUCAACGGAUCACCGGCACGUCAGUGGACAUCGGCUUGGUAAAGCGUCUUACAUCUGAACACUUUGCACUCGCUGAGGAACAGCUGUGCGACGAAAAGUUGCCGAUCGUGCUGGUGCAUGGCGAUCUUUGGGUCAACAACAUCUUCUUCGACAAUUCAGCCGAUGGCAGCUCGGUGGUCGGCAUAAUCGACUGGCAGUUAGCUCAUCGGGGUACGUGCCUGGACGACUUGGUUCAUCUGAUGGUGUGGAACGUUGACGCCGAACUGCGCCGGUCUCACCAAGACGAGAUACUGGAGCAUUACUUCGACACUAUGAGCCGAUUCGUCUCUGACACGGAGUUGCCUUCCUUACAGCAGCUGAAGGACGCCUAUAACAAGACGUUCGCCAUACAAGCGAUGUUUUUUGUGAUCGACUUUAGCUGCAUAGUGAAUGAAAUAGUCGACGCCGCUUCCAAAAAAGCAGAAAAGCAAACAGCGACUAUCGCAUGGCGUUUGGCGUCGGCGUACGAAGAUGCGGUUCAAUAUCUACGAGGGCAUGACUUGCUGGUUUAA